UCUCAUCUGGCUCUCCUUCCUUCACUUCAUCUCUCAUAAUAUUGUCUUCUUAUAACAUAUGGAUCCUAUUCUCAUAGAGAAGCUGCAAGCCAUUAAGAGAUCCAAGAACAAAAAACAGUUACUCCUCCCAAGGUUCAUUAAAUUUUUGUUAUCUGUCUUCUCACUUGGCCUCUUCCUCUCAAGCCCCCUUUGGCUUCCUUCCUCCCUCCCCAUCAUAAAGAUGGCCGAGGCCAUGGCUUUCGGCCCGAAGGGGCUUUUCGUCGUCUGCAAUAUUAUUGUCCUCGUCCUCAUUAGUGAGUCAAAGCUCUCCAAUAAGUCUUCCAUGAAGCCUGAUAUCUAUCAGGAGUAUGUAAACAGAAACAGAAGCAUUCAGAAACUGUCUGGUAAAAGAUACAAUGAUGAAGCAGAUAUGGAUAUUGAAAAAAGGGAAGGAGAAGUAGAGGAAGGAGCAGAUGAAGAAGGGUAUGAAGAAUUAGAAGAGUUAAACAAGAGAGUGGAAGACUUCAUAGCAAGGGUGAACAAGCAAAGGAAGCUUGAAGCUAAAAUGCUAAAUUGAUAUAUUGCUGUAGUUGAAGAGGGAGAGAGCUCGCUUUAUAAGUAACAGAAAACUGUUUUAAUGUAACAGAAUCUUGUGAAGAGGUGUUUUAUAAAUUUUUAUAUGUUAUGUGUGGAAUUAUUAA